ACUUCGGCAACAAGCUCGGUAGCUACAAAAAUCGUGAACAAAAUAUCGUUGGAAUCGGAAUCAGUUCAAGACGAACAGAUACUUGCAACGCCGAUCGAUCUCCGAACGCAUUCACCAAAACUUAUGAUGGCUGCAGAAUCCAGAAAACCGAUGGCGGUAAUAUUGCUAUUUGUUCUUUCUUAG